AUGCACCUGCUGCCCCAGCCUGGUCCCCAGGCAGUUAUCAUCCAAGGAAGCAAUCAGGACUUCCGAAAUCUCCAAGCUAAGUUCCAGGCCUCUCAGCAAGAGCCUGGAGAACCAUCCAGAAAAACCCUAAAACCUGAGUUCAACACACUCCUGAAGAAGUUUCCACAGACUGAAUUAAGUGAGCAGCCCAAAAAGGCCUCACAAUCUGAGCUCAGUACAAUGUCCUUGAAACCCCCGCAGCUACGGUUUGCAGAGCUCCCCAAGAAGACUUCGCAGUCAGAGGUUCUCAGAAAGUUGUCGCAGCCCGAGUUCACUGAUCUACUCAAGAAGCCCCUACAAUCCGAGCUCAAAGAUCUUCCAAGGAAGCCUCUACAUUCAGAGUUCACUGGUCUCAAGAAGCCCUCAGAGGCCGAGUCCACAGAUUCCAGGAAGCCCCCACAGCCCCAGUUUGCCAGCCUCCCCAAGCCCCCACAGCCUGAGUUCACUAAUCUCCCCAAGAAGCUUCCCAAACACGAGUUUGGUGAGCUCACCAAUAAGUCUUCACAGCUUGAGGUGCCCCAGGAGCCUAGUGUACCUACCCAGAAGCCCCUGAAACCUGAGCUCAGCAAUCCUGCCAAGCCCCCAGUAGAGCUCAAACCUACUACAUUCCCCAAGAAGUUCUGGCAGCCUGAGUCCAGUGAGGUCCCUCUGAAGCCCUUGCCAUCUGAGUUCAGUACAUUUCCCAAGAAGCCACUGCAGCCUCAAGCUGCUGGUUUCUCUCGGAAGUCCCUGACACAGUCAGAGUCCAGCCAAGUUCCUCAGACAUCCCUCUCCAAGCCUGAGUCCAAUGAGUUUCACCCCCACUCCCCACAGUCUGACAUCAGUACCUUUCCCAAGAAGUCUCUGCAGUCCGAGUUCAAUGAGAACUUCAAGAAGUCUCCACAUCCUCAGGCCAUUGGUUGCCCAAAGUCUCCACAGCAGCCCAUGUCCUAUGAAGUCCCCCAGACACCCCCCUGGAAGCCUGAGUCAUACAAUCUCCCAUCUUACUCCCCACAGCCAAACUUCCAUGCAUUUUCCAAGAAGCAUUCACAGCUCCAGCUAAGUGACCUUACCAGGACAUCCUCAGAGCCCGAAGUCCGAAAAUUUCCUAAGAAGCCUCAGCACCCAGACCUCAAAGUGCUUCCUAAGAAGCCCUCACAGCUGGAACUGGGUCAUCUCCCUAGAACAUCCUCGGAGCCUGAGUUCAGCUCGCUCCCCAGGAAGUUUCUGAAGCCUCAACACAGCAAGUUCUUCCAGCCUGACUUUCCCAAGGGUCUGCCCAGAAAGCCCAAGCUUCCUGGUUCAGUAUCAGAGUGUUCUCUGCCCUCUGCCUUUGCAGGCUCCAACCCCCAGUUCCCCCUCAGCCCUGGGUAUGGAGUCCCUGGGACACCCCGCUGGAGAUCAGACUUGCAAGUCCAGCAACUGCCCCGGCGGCGGCCUCUGCCCUCAGCCAGCAGCCUGGGAUCCCCUCCAGCCAAGCCCCCAUUACCACCUGUUCCCAUCAAUAUCCAAAGCUUCCAGAGAGGCUCAGCAACAGUCAUAGCUGUACUGAAGACCAGCUCUUCUGUGACCCACUUCCCAGCCCAAAAACCUCAACAUAUCUCGCAGAACCCGGACGAGAUCUAUGAACUGUAUGAUGCUGUGGAGGCCACAGGUGACUCUAUUCUCAGCCCCCGAGGCAGAGAUGAAGUGCAGUCUACCCAGCAAACCACCAGAUGGCCUCAGCAGGACACAGAGUUCAGGAAGAAUGCCACUCAGCCACAGCAGCUGCCACCCACAGACCCCAAGUUGCUGAAACAGAUCAGGAAGGCAGAGAAAGCUGAAAGAGAGUUCAGAAAGAAGUUCAAGUUUGAAGGUGAGAUCGUGAUUCACACAAAGAUGAUGAUUGAUCCCAAUGCCAAGACCCGCCGUGGGGGUGGCAAGCACCUGGGCAUCCGGCGUGGAGAAAUCCUGGAGGUGAUCGAGUUUACUAACAAGGAUGAGAUGCUGUGCCGGGACCCCAAGGGCAAGUAUGGUUAUGUACCCAGGACUGCACUGUUGCCCUUGGAAACAGAAGUAUAUGAUGAUGUCAGCUUCUGGGACCCUCUGGACACCUAACCGUUUUCUCAUGGAUAGUAAGGCAGACAGACAAGUGGGUUCCAGGAUCACCAGCACAGUCACUGCUAACUCAGGAGCCCUGGAUCCCAGCCUGGCAAACAAGCCCAAGUGUACAUGCCCACA